AUGUCACCACCAGAAUGGCGAAGUAAAGUCAGAAUAUUUUGUGCUUGUCAAGUGCUACAAGAGAACCCUGCGCCAAAUAAUACAGAUGAGAGUGAUGCCCCAUAUGGACAUAUUCCUAGUACUUUAAUGAAACCAUGGGCACUUCACAAACUGGAAUAUCUGUACUUUUGUGAUCAUUGUAAAAGCACUAAGUGUAAACAAUGUGUAACUCAAGAGGUAAUAUCCAGAUUCUGUCCAAGUUGUUUGUAUGAAGUUACUGAAUCAUCUGCCAGAGCAAGCUCCAAUAAAUGUCUCCGCAAUUGUUUGCAAUGUCCAGAGUGUGGAUCUUCUGUUGUUGCUAGCUCUGAAGGCGAUACUUACAAACUCAAUUGUAACUACUGUUCUUGGAAAAACGACCCAAAGUUGAAACUUAACAAAAAAGUUGCGAUUGGUCUCCAGGUGUUUAACUUGUAUAAGGAAAAUGAGGGGAGCUAUUCACGAUUUGAGCAGAUAAGAGGAUCAGUAAAUUCUAGUCUUCCCAAACCCGUGACGUCCUCUUUGACGACUUUUAGAAUGAAUACGAACACUAAACAACAUUUUGAACCAUUUCCGGAACCGAUAAUUAGAGUAAUUGGCUCCACUGAUGCGCAUGAGAUUGUUCUCCCCAAGCUUGUGGAAUUGAGAGGUAAAACUUCGAAAAGAUGUAAAGUCUGUCGACGAUCUUUAACGAAGCCUGAUCCGAGACCGUCGUCAAUUAAAUUCAGAAACAAGUCGUUGGCUUUCAAUUUUCUCCCUUCUCUUUUUAUUGAGAAGCCCAAAAAUGUGCCUUCAAUUCAAAAUCCGUUGGUAACAUCAAGCAUUACAUCGGGUCAGACGUUCAUGUUGACUAUUACGAACUCUCUUCCAUCCAAAAUCCAACUCAAUAUUUCAACCUCCCAGUCGCUUGUCACACUUAUUGCUCCUCAGGUAGAGAUAGGACCGAACUCUGAUUCGUGGGAUGAAGAAUCGCUUAUUCAAGCGGUUCCAUUCUCACAUAUCUCUCGACAAACAAAUGUAACGAGGCGAGUAUUUAUGGAAAAAGAAAGACCAAACCCAAGCUCUACUAUGAGUGGAAUUCAUGAUAAGGGUCCCAAUUGGGUGACAGUUCCGAUCGAAAUUAGCACCUUGAAUGGAAAUAUUGAUACAUCAUUGGACAUUCCUUUGUUUCUGAGUAUUUCGUACGAAGAGUCUGUUGAUGAGGUUGAACAUGUUACGAAGCCCUCAUCAUCUAAACUGGUACGUAUCGGUGUCUGGUACGUCUUGACCAUACACGGGCUGGACGGCAUAAUUGCAAAUAACCCUGAAGAUCUCUAA